AUGGGGUCGUUUGACUGCGACCUCGCGGAGAACAUCAACUUCUUGCUGCAGGUGACCGUCAAGCUCUACGAACUCCGCGAUUUCCUCGUCGAGAGCGACGUGCGCGUUUUUGUGGUGUUUGCGAAGGAUGAUUGCAUGGCCACAAUUUUGCUGGAUAUCCAGGCGCUCGGGUAUAAGAGGGGAGAUCUCCAAUUCGUGCUCCCCUCAGUCCCGCUCAACGACUCGAAUCUGGACAUUCUCGAGUAUGCCUAUGCGGUAGAUGAUUACAUCGAAUUGGUGGAUACGUUCGAGAAUGUCAUUAUGAAUACGCCGAUUAAGGAUACGGAGACGGCCUGGGUUACGGUAUUCGGGAAAUACAACCCGCUGGAGGAAUUGGAGCCGGCUGAGGACAAUGUGGAUCCCAUUGACAUUCCGAUACUGUCCGCAAUUCUCAACGAGACGCGGACUUGCCAGAAGGACUGUGAGAAUGAGAUUGCGAACUUUCAGCCAGGCUGCUGCUGGAGCUGCACAGCUUGCCCCACAUUUGCCGUGGUCAAUGCUACGGUGCAGGUA